AAUACGCUCCUAUCCGAUUUAAAGCUAAAUGAUAUUCAACGUGGCUGUUUGCGCUCACAGUUGCAUAGAUUUUCUGUUCGACCUGAUACGGUCACACUGCAACAUAUUUACAUACCAACGCAUUAUUUUGUUUUAAAGCAGUUUUAGUUUAGUUUAUAAGCGCAGCAGAAUUAUUUAAGUGACUAAAUAUGACCACCUUCACACGCUGGGCCUUCUUACUGCUCACCCUAAGCAUUUGUGGUAGCUGGGCCAUACGCUGCUAUCAGUGCUCGUCGGACCAGGACCGGAAAGGCUAUGACAGCUGCGGCGCCUACAAACCCUUCAAUCGCACCGAGCACAUCUCCAUAGAAUGCAACAGCGACGAAUCCCACAUGCCAGGCUCCUUUUGCAUGAAAGUGGUGCAGCAAGGACCGCGUGGCUUCAUUUGGGAUGGGCGCUGGCGUCAGGUCAUACGUCGCUGCGCCUCCGUUGCCGAUACGGGCGUGACGGGCGUCUGUAAUUGGGGCGUCUACGAGAAUGGCGUUUACUGGGAGGAGUGCUAUUGUUCCAGCGACAGCUGCAAUGCCGCCGCAGUGCUAGGCAUGCACAAGACGCUGCAGGCUGUACUCAGCAUAAUGCUGCUGGCAGGCGCAGCGGCAAUUGUGAGAGCAUAGAACAGGCACAAAUGUGCAUUUAAUAAGUUACAUUCCAUACAAAAAGUGCCUUUCACUCCGCGACUGUAUAAGAUUAUGCAGGUAUUUUAGAAUCUCCUCAGUUUGCAAUUAGUUUGUAAGCACAAAGUCGAACCCGUAACGAUUCCGUCCAAUUUAAAAAACACACUUUUUGUUACGUUAAGCUAGAGGAAGUUAUACACCGAACCAAUCGAAACACAUUUUGUAUAUUUGCAAAGCCUAAAGAUAUAGAGUCGAUUGUAUAAUGAUUCCAUCCAAUUUAAAACACACUUUUUGUUACGUUAAGCUAGAGAAAGUUAUACACCGUACCAAUCGAAUCAAUCGAAACACAUUUUGUAUAUUUGAAAAGCCUAAAUAUAUAGAGUCAAUUGUAUAAUCCAAUCAUAUGGCCUUAGGCAUUAUCUCGCUCUCCCCCACAUUGACGCUGAGUCAGCGCCUUUAGCCCGUUGUCCGCCCAGCCAGCAUUUGGAUCUUUCGCCACAGCAGCAUAAAUAAUUGUCGAGCCAUCCUCGAACGAUUUCAUGGCCAAAUACGAGCCGGCCUCCUCCAGCCAGACGCGCAUAUCACCCAAAGCGCCAA